CAUUAGUUAUCCAUCAAAAGGCGAAAAAAAGAAAAAACAAUGGGACGUUUAGAGAAAUUACUCUGCCCUGUUUCUUUAGUCUUGUUUGUUAUACUCUUUUCUUCAACCAUUAUCGUUGCUACUGCUUUUGCUCAAGAAGCUAAUGCUCUCAUCGCAUGGAAAGCCACCCUGCAAAGUCCAAACCAUUCCCCGCUAACUUCAUGGGUCCUUUCACCUCAUGAUAACAUCUCAACAAGUAUCGGCCCAUGUAGCUGGUUCGGAAUUACUUGCAACUUCGAUGGAAGCGUCAAUACAUUGAACCUCACAAAUUCGAGUGUAAAUGGUACGCUCGACAACUUUUCAUUUUCAUCAUUUCCCAAUCUUGCAUAUAUCGAUCUCAGCAUCAAUAAUCUUUUUGGUGUCAUCCCACCUCUAAUUGGCUCCCUCUCCAAACUCAUUCGUCUUGAUUUGUUCAUUAACCAGUUCUCGGGAAACAUCCCACCAGAAAUCGGCAUGUUAACAAAUCUUGACACUCUCUACCUAGGCGAAAAUCAAUUGAAUGGCUCAAUUCCUCAAGAGAUAGGCCAGUUAAAGUCUCUUACUAAGCUUGCUUUGUACACCAACAAUCUUUCUGGACCCAUUCCCGCUUCUUUGGGAAAUUUGAGAAACUUGGCUCGUCUACAUCUCUAUAAUAAUGAUCUUUCUGGUUCCAUCCCUCCCCAAGCGGGAGACCUUGUCAAUCUUGUCAUGCUUCACAUGGCUACCAACAAUUUCACAGGUCCCAUCCCUUCCACUCUUGGAAAAUUGAAUAAGUUAACUGUGUUGCACUUGUUCAGCAAUCACCUAUCUGGUUCCAUUCCCCGAGAGAUAGGAAAGUUGAAAUCACUCCAGUACCUAAGCUUUCAAACCAACAAUCUUACUGGCUCAAUUCCAACAUCUUUUGGUGAUUUGAGCUCCCUAAUACUCCUUCAUCUUUAUAAUAACCAACUCUCUGGUCCAAUUCCUAAAGAGCUAGGAAAUUUGAAGUUCCUCAAUGAUCUGGAAUUAACGAGAAUCAACUUAGCGGUUCCAUUUUUCCUGCUUCAUUAGGUAAUUGUCUAGUUUAAAUAUUCUUUUCCUUCG